AUGCAAUUUUGAUGAUAACCAACCAAUGUUUGUGUACGUUGUAGUUUCUGUGUUGGCUGAACAGUUCAUUUUACUUAUGAAGAUUACGAAAUUAAAUUGAAAUUUUGUGUUAGUCAGUCUGGAAAGACAAGUACAAAAAAAAUUGAAAUCUGAUAAAUAACAUACGAUAAUCUUUUUCAACUGAUAAACGGCGGAAAAAGAAUAUAGCAUCAACAUAAAAACAGGUAUAUAAUCAGCAAAACUUGUAAGUAUCGUCUGCCAGGUUGGAAGUUUUAUUUCCUCCCGCCCCUUCAGUGAAUAAACAAAACCAUUCUUUACCGACUACCACAAGUGGAAGAUCGCCUUCUCGCGGAAAGUUCAAAGUGUUCCAGCAUCAUUACGUGUCAGAGCAGUGGAUCGAUUAGUCACUCGAAAUUUUACUCCAAAGAAAAGUCAUGGGAGCUGCAGAAAAAAUGCGAGCGCUUAUCUUAGUCGGUGGAUACGGAACCCGUUUGCGGCCACUUACUCUGAGCACACCAAAACCGCUGGUAGAGUUUGCGAAUAAACCCAUUUUGCUUCAUCAGAUAGAGGCACUCGUUGAGGCUGGGGUAAAUCAGGUUAUAUUGGCGGUGUCCUAUCGCGCAGAACAAAUGGAAGCUGAACUGAGACAAAAGGUGGAAAAAUUGGGUGUUAAACUAAUAUUUUCACACGAAACAGAACCACUGGGUACUGCUGGUCCACUGGCACUUGCUAAAGACAUUCUCUCCGAGAGUUCUGAACCGUUUUAUGUGCUGAAUUCAGAUGUAAUUUGUGACUUUCCAUUUAAAGAACUGGAACAGUUUCAUCGACGUCACGGAAAAGAAGGUACCAUUGUAGUAACCAAAGUGGAAGAACCAUCCAAGUAUGGUGUAGUGUUAUACGCUGAGGAUGGCUGCAUCAAAAAUUUCAUUGAAAAACCUCAGGAAUUUGUUAGUAAUAAAAUUAACGCCGGCAUGUACAUUCUGAACCCAUCGGUGUUAUCGAGGAUACAAUUGAAACCUACCUCGAUUGAAAAGGAAGUUUUUCCCAUUAUGUCACGGGAACAACAACUGUUUGCAUUUGAACUAAACGGUUUCUGGAUGGACAUCGGCCAACCAAGGGAUUUCCUCUCCGGAAUGUGCCUGUACCUGAAUUCUGUACGCCAGCGACAGCCAAAAAUCCUAUAUGAUGGUCCCGCGAAAUACGUCGGCAAUGUGCUUGUGGAUCCGAGCGCCAAAAUCGGAGCAGGCUGUAGGAUAGGUCCAAACGUGACUAUCGGUCCCGAUGUGGUAAUCGAAGAUGGUGUGUGUAUAAAGCGUUGCACUAUUUUGCGUGGUGCCGUAAUAAAAUCACAUUCGUGGCUAGAAAGUUGUAUCAUCGGAUGGCGCUGUAUGGUUGGCCGAUGGGUACGAUUAGAGGGUACUACUGUGCUUGGGGAGGAUGUAAUAGUGCAGGAUGAAAUCUACAUCAACGGUGGACAGGUACUACCUCAUAAAAGCAUAGCGCUGAGCGUACCCGAACCUCAAAUUAUAAUGUAGUGUACAGUUACGGAGGAAUUGUCUGUAUUGUUUUAUUUAAAUACUGCAAGAUGUUGAUCCAUUUCGUGCUGCUGAUCAGACCAACUAUGAUAGAUUGAAACAUCCAAUUUUCGAUUUGCCAAAAAUAAUCCCUGUGCAUUUAAAAAAAAAUUUUUUGUUUAUGUUCAUCUAAUCAGAUGUUAUGAGAAUAUUUUUUAUCUAAAUUUUAUUUUAUUUUGUUUUCAAAAUCAAUAUAUCUGCAUUCCAGUCUAAUACAAUUCA